AUGUCCAAUGCUUCUCAGAGGGCCAGGUCGGAGCCGCGGGCCAAGGGCGGCGGCAAGGCCAAGGGCAAGGGAGUUGGCAAAGCGGGCAAGACCAACGCCACGUCCGCUGCCAAGCAGCGGAGGGCUCAGGCGCAGGUCCGCGACGCCGAGCAGUGGCUCCAGGCUUGCCGCGAAGAGGAGCUGCGCGCGGGGGAGGCACUCCUGGCGUGCAACCUGGAAGUGGAGGACGCCUACAAGGCCGCCGCGCCAAAAGGUAUCCAGGUGCAGGCGCAGGCGGAGCAGCAGCAGCCAGGAGUUGAACCCAAGCCAAUCGUCGGGCUCAACGUCACGGCGCUGUUGGCGGAGGACUUCCAGGUCGAAGCGGGCGACGCCUUCAAGCUCGACGAUCCCGACUUGGACAUCACAGAUGCCGAGCGCGAGGAGUUCAGCAGGUCCCUGCAGAGCUUCGUCGACCAGGUCAAGCAGCACGUCCGCACCACGUUUGGGGACGCCAAGGCGCAGCUGGAGCAGAGGCGCAGCGAGAUCGACGCCGAGCAUCAGCUGCUUCUCGCCAGGCGGCGGCAGCAGGCGAAGGCGAUCCGCAGGCAGCCGCGGCAGCUGCCGCCGCCCCCAGCCAGGACGCAGCCCCUGGGCGGCCACCUGGGGACGGCGCUGCUGCUGCUGCUGGUGCUAGCCUUGCUGAGCCACCCAGCCUGCGCGGCCCAGAUGGCCCAGCCAAGCUGGAGCAGCUCUGGCGAGAGCUGGCCCAAGCCACACCCGUCCCAGCGGACGUCACUGCGUGAGCCUCCCACGCGGUGCCCAGGAGGUGAGCCAGGGGCCAGGCCCAGCGCCCCACGGCUGGCCCGCGUGGGCAGGCGCGAGCAGGGCAUCCUGGCCACCCGCAGGCGGCGCAGGGCGAGGCGGUGGUGCCUCGCACCGCGCCUGGGAGCCUCCCCUCAGGACAGCCGCCACUGGAACUCGGUCUCCUACAUCUUCCACCAGCGGGGCUCCCUGGAGCACACCGACAUGCUGGACGACCUGGCGGCAGCCCCAGGCAGCGGCGUGCGCACCGCAGAGAGGGGGAGUUUCGCUCAGGAGUUGUGCGACGAUGCUUGGAGUCAUCCGUGGAGCAUCGUCUACAGGCGACUUCUACGGCAGAGCGUGGAUGACUGGCAGGCAGCUGAGGAGGCCGCCUACGAGAAGGAGGCCAACCACAGCAUGGUCUGGGACGUCAACCUACAGUGCUGGAGCCUCCUUACCGGCCAGGCCCCCCAGUUCGCCAAGGGCCCACUGUCCCCAGACGACGGUCCCCAUCGGCAGUCCGUGACGCUGGAGGCCCAGGAGCCCGACCCCGGCCACGACCCUGCUGGAGGAGGCUGCCUGGAUGUUGGCCGGCAGAGCGAGGCGAACUUGACGGCCAUCAGCGAGGACAGCGGUGGCAGGCCCUUCACCUUCCACAGCCUCAACGCCAGCCUCAGUUGGGGCAACGGCGUGGCGUACCUCCAGGGCGCGGCACACCAGCAGAGGUCCGAGGGCAGGUUUCUGUUCAAGGCUUUCCAGGAGCACGGCAAGCGACACUUGUGGGCCGAGGAGAGCGCGAGGGUGCGCCAGCUGGGAUGGAGGGCCCUGCCAGUUCCAGCCACCCACGGACCGAGCGGGCGCGACUCGGUGGGCGUCUUGCAUGUUGUGCCUGCAUGUGUCAGCGUCACUCUUGCGCCCGAGCAGCGACACUGGGACAUCUCUCCCCCAGGAGGUGCGGGCAGGCUUUCGGUGGCCACGAUCGAAGCCAAACACAGUGGCGAGUUCUUGCUUUACUGUGCUUCCCGCGUUACUGGUCAGAGGUUUUCGCCUGUGGGCAACGUGGCUAGUUUGGUCGGUUUCAUCGUGUGGGCGGUCAAGCUCCAGCUACCUUUGAUCGGCGUCGCGGUUUGGGAGAACCUCCCUGAGCAUCUGGAGCGCUCAACGUGGCCGUCGCGGGCGCUCCUGGACGAGGAGCUGGUCCUUGGCACGGGCACCCGUGCCGCUACUAUGCUGGCCGACUUGGCCAAGCGCUACGAGAUGUUUCCUCCGCCGCGAGGGGGGGGGCUACAAGGCGCCGACGUCCACCUCGAUUUGCUGCAAGUGGGUCCCAAGUCGGUGGAGGUGGCGCUCCUCUACGCAGCCCGUAGCCGAGCCCCAGCUCAGUGGGCAGCGGCCAAGCCAGAUCGAGUUGCGCUCCUUCCUGCGCCAAAGCUGCCGCCCGCGCGGCAGCGGAUCAAGAGGCGCAAGCAGGACGGCUGGUUGCAGCACAACGCGGACGCGGUCAACCAAGCGGUGCUCGGUGGUUCCCCCUCGCAGGAGCCCCCUUUCAAGUCGGGCCAGGCGGACACGCCCUACUGCCAGCUCGGCGUCGACUACAACGAGUUCGGCACCAUGCAGCUCUACCACUGGCAGUGCGGCCGCAGUCCGACGUCCGCCUCAGUGCGGGACCAGCUCACAGCGUACAACGCGGUUCCCACCUUUCGAGAUGUCUGUCCCCUGCUUCAGCAGCAGAGCGCCUCCAUCCGCAACUUGCGCGAUCGUCUGAGGCACUACGUGUUGCUGGAAGGUAUCGAGGAGCUGCAGAAUCUCUUUGAAGUCUUCACCUCCCGCGAGAGGCAGCACGAGGAUGUGCAGGAGCUCUCAGCUUGGCAUAUGUGGUGCAGUCACCAUGCCUCCUACAUGGAACGGCAGAUCGGCGUGGAGCGGCGCCAGUCCCUCAAGCAGCGUUUGGAGGACGACUUACCUGGUUCGCAAGGGCUCAUUCACAGCAGACACAGUCACUUCGCAGACGUUCGGGCUAAAGGAAGGGCUGACCUCAGCGUGCCGCCAGAGGGGGUCGUGUCGCAGCUCAAGCAGGAGCUCAAGGCCACCAAGCGCAUGCUGGAGUACUGUGGUCCUCUCAGGGCCCUCCCCGGCGAGGCCAAGCUGGCCGUGCCUCGCCCUCGGCUGCAGCAGCAGAGCGCUUACGCGCCCCCGACAGCCCGCCCCAAGGCGGCGCCCAACCAGCCACGCGUCCUGGAGGCUUGCCGGGGAUACCACAAGUGCGUCAACGGUGGCAAGGUGGCGCGCACUCAGCUGGCGGCCGUUCAGCUGCAAGAAGGUCGUGGUCGACUCCAAGGGCUCCAGGCUAAGGUCAAGAGUGCCGUCAAGAGGGGAAGUGUGGCGGUCCCCCUGCUGGUGGCAGCUGGCGCCACUGGCCGCGCCGUGCGCCAGCGCCCAGACCACGAGGCCCAGGACGAGGAGCUGCGCCUGACAGACCAGACCCCCCCGCAGGGGCCGCCUGCUCAGGUCCAUUGGGAGCCAGUGGCAGCAGCCAGGGCGGCCUUGAGCAGGAUGAAGGCAUUGCCAGACGGGCCUGGGUGCAUGGGCGUGCCGCCCCCCGAGCUCAUCCCAGAGCACCACGUGAGGUCGAUCACAGACGACGCGGUGGUUUGGGCGUCUUUCUGGAUCGACAGGUUCGACCUGGACGUCCACCUCAACGAGCGGGUCUACUGCACGUGGUGCUCCGAGUACUUGGAGGUGUUUGUGGGCACCGCCGCCUGGACCCCCGUCCGAGAGCACCUCCUCAGGAGCAACCCUGGGCGCACGCUGCGGCAGACCGUCGUCGACCUGCGUGCCACGCCCUGA